UCAAACUCAACAACCGACAACAUCUGUGUACUUAACCUCAAAGUCGGAGUUAUAAAUAAAUUUUUUGUAUUUCACAUAAAACGCAUGGUUAAUAUAAAAUAUUACGAUGGCGGGCUGCAGUAUAAUUUCAAAAACCAUCCACCAUAUGAGUACAGGUCGAUUAUUGACUAACAGGGUUAACGUUAACUUGGUGCUCGUUGCUGGAAUAUCGAAAAAAACUGAAGAGCUGUUGAAAUCCCUUAACAUACCCGAAAAACCAAAGAAGCCUAUAUCAGCUUACAUAAGGUUCAUGAUGGACCACCGACCCACAGUAGUUGCGAAACAUCCUAACUUGGAAAUGACUAAAGUGGCGAAAAUUAUUGGCGAAGACUGGAACAAGGCCCACUCUACGAUCAAAGAAAAGUAUCUGGAUCAAUACAAAGCUGAACAGGCGGAAUACGAGACUAAAUUGUUGAAGUACAUGAAUAGUCUGACACCUGAAAUGAAAAGGGCACUUGAGUUACAAAAAUUUGAGGAAAGGGAAGAAAAGGAAAUUAAAAAAAUAAAACAGCUAAAGAAAGACACUAACAUGCCAAAGGCUGCCCCAAGUGCCUACAAUUUAUUCAUGAAAGACUAUUGUGAUAGGGAAAAGGUGUCACUAAACAAAGUGCCAAAAGGUCUGUGGGAAAAUUUGCCAGCAUCUGAAAAGGAUAAAUACAAGCAACUAGCUGAAAGCGAAAAACAAAAGUACUUAGUCGCAUAUCGCAAAUGGGAAGAGCAAGUUUUAGAAAAAGGUCUUGAUCACCUGAUUGCUAAGAAAAAUUUAAAACGUAAAUCUCCCAUUCUGAAGAAGAAAAAGGAAUAGGGACGCGAGUGCCUUUCUUCCGAUUUAUCCGCCUCAACGGAUAAAGGCACGUUGUUUCAUAUUGAAACAGAAAAUAGCAUUUCAAUGGACAAUAAGUCUGACGAAACUACACACAUAAAUAAACAAUCUGAUUUACCCAUAGAUCAUACGUCAAAGGAUAAUACCAGCUCGAAUUUAGUUACGUCUUCCGAAUCUCAAAAUGUUAGUUCUGUUUCAACUCGGAUAAAUGAGGAGGUGGAUUUGAAUAUUGACGAACGCAAAUUGGAAAAUGAAACGAAGGAAAAGAAGACCAUUUUAAAUAAGUUUAAGGAUAUAUUCAAGUUUUAACCAAAUUUAUGAACAUGUUUUUGUUUUCUUUUUCUAUUAUAGUUUUUUUUUGUAAUAAACAGUUGUAGUAAAAA